UUAACAUCCGGAUUCAUUCUUAAACCUCGCUUUUCCCUCAAAGUUAGGGGGCUGUCCUGCUCAGAACUGGGCUCGGAUCUCUGACAUGGAGGAUAUGUUGUCAUUCUCAGAUGUGGCUAUAUAUUUCUCUGCAGAGGAAUGGAAAUGCCUAGGUCUUGUUCAAUGGAAAUUGUACAGAGAUGUGAUGUUGGAGAAUUACAACAACCUUGUGUCUCUGGGACUUACUUCCUCUAAACCAUACUUGGUCACAUUUCUGGAACAAAAACAAGAGCCUCCAGAUAUGAAGAAACAAGAGGCCAUCACUGUGCACCCAGGAGGAAAAUGCUAUACAUGCAAAGAAUGUGGCAAAGUCUUUGAGUGGAAAAAAAUAUAUCAGAAUCACAGGAGAAUUCAUUUGAGAGGGAAGCCCUACAAGUAUGAAGAAUGUGGCAAGUCCUUCCGUUUUCCAUCAUUACUUUCUACACACAAAAGAAAUCAUACGGGACAAAAGCCCUACAACUGUGAAAUAUGUGGUGAAGCCUUCUGUUCUCCUUCAUUGCUUUCUAUACACAAGAGAAUUCAUGCAGGACAUAAACCCUACAAGUCUGAAGAUCGUGGCAAGGUCUUCCAACACAAGAUAGUUCAUACAGGAGAAAAACCCUACCAAUGUGAAGACUUUGGCAAGGCCUUCCAGUAUCCAUCAAGACUUUCCAACCGUAAGAAAAUUCAUACAGGAGAGAAACCACACAAGUGUGAAGUAUGUGGCAAGGCCUUUGAUUAUCCAUCAAGACUUUCCAACCAUAAGAGAAUUCAUACAGGAGAGAAACCCUAUAAAUGUGAAGUAUGUGGCAAAGCCUUCCAUGAUCCAUCAAAACUUUCUCAACACAAAAUAAUUCAUACAGGAGAAAAACCCUACAAAUGUGAAGUUUGUGGCAAGACCUUCCAUUAUCCAUCCAUACUUUCUAAACAUAAGAUAAUUCAUACAAAAGAGAAUCUCUGCAAGUGUGAUAUAUGUGGCAAGACCUUCCAUUAUCCAUUAUUACUUUCUCAGCACAAAAUAGUUCAUACAGGAGAAAAACCCUACAAAUGUGAAGACUGUGGCAAGGCCUUUUAUUAUCCAUCAAGACUUUCCAGACAUAAGAAAAUACACACAGGAGAAAAACCAUACAAGUGUGAAGUAUGUGGCAAGGCCUUCCAUUAUCCAUCCAUACUUUCUAAACACAAGAUAGUUCAUACAGAAGAGAAUCCCUACAAGUGUGACAUAUGUGGCAAGGCCUUCGAUUAUCCAUCAAGGCUUUCCAACCAUAAAAAAAUACAUACAGAAGAGAAACCAUACAAGUGUGAAAUAUGUGGAAAUGCCUUCUGUUUUUCAUCAUCACUUCGUAAACACAAGAUAAUUCACACAGGAGAGAAACCCUACAAGUGUGAAGUAUGUGGCAAGGCAUUCGGUUCUCCAUCAAGACUUUCCAAACAUAAGAAAAUUCAUACAGGAGAGAAACCCUACAAGUGUGAAGUCUGUGGAAAGGCCUUCCACUUUCCAUCAUUACUCUCAGUACACAAGAGAGUUCACACAGGAGAAAAGCCCUACAGGUGUGAAGUAUGUAACAAGGCCUUCUAUUGUCCAUCUACACUUUCUGUACACAAAAAAAUUCAUACUGGAGAAAACACCUACAAAUGUGAAGAAUGUGGCAAGGCCUUCCGAUGUCCAUCAACACUUUCAGUGCACAAGAGAAUUCAUACUCAAGAAAAACCCUACAAGUGUGAAGUAUGUGGCCAGGCGUUUCAUGUUUCAUCAAAACUUUCUUAUCACAAGAGAAUUCAUGCAGAAGAAAAACCCUACAAGUGUGAAGUAUGUGGCAAGGCCUUCUAUUAUCCAUCAAGACUUUCCAAACAUAAGAUAAUUCAUACUGGAGAGAAACCCUACCAUAGUCAAGCAUGUGGCAAGACCCUUGAUUAUCCAUCUAAACAUUCCAAACAUAAGAAAAUCAAUACAGGAGAGAAACCAAACAAAUGUGAAAUAUGUGGAAAAGCCUUCAGGUUUCCAUCAUUACUAUUGAUACAUAAAAGAAUUCAUACAGGAGAAAAGUCCUACAACUGUGAAGUGUGUGGCAAGGCCUUCCAUUGUGCAUCAUUACUUUCUAAACACAAGAUCAUUCAUACAGGAGAGAAUACCUACCAUGGUGAAAUAUGUGGGAAGGCCUUCAUCAAGAAUUUCCAAAGAUAAGAAUUUUUGUACAGGAGAGAAACCAUAAAUGUGCAAAGUAUGUGGAAACACCUUCCAUUUUCUAUCAUCAUUUUCUAACCACAAGAGAACUCAUACAGUAGAAAAAUCCUACAAAUGUGAAGUAUAAGGCAAGGCCUUCUAUUAUCCACCAAGACUUUCCAACCAUAAGCAAAUUCAUACAAGAGAAAAGGCAUACAAGUGUGAAGAAUGUGCAAAUGCUUUCCAUUUCCCAUCAUCACUUUCUAAACACAAGAGAAUUCAAUACAAUAGAGAAACUCUACAAGGUUGAAGUAUGUGGCCUGGCCUUGUAUUGUCCAUAAUUACUUUCUCAACAAAAAAGAAUUAAUUACAGAUGUGAACCCCUACAAUUGUAAAUGACAAGUCCUGUACUUUAGAACUUCACAGAUUCUUUCCACUCAUUUCAUAGCCCAUUCUGGAGAAAAACAUUACACAUGUGAGGAAUAUGGAAAAGCCCUCUCUACAAAGUCAUACUUAUGUCUGCACAAAUUAACUCACAGAGUGGAAAACAUAUGCAUAUGCAAAGAUUAUGGGACAAUGCUCAACAAAAACUUUAGGAAUCAUCAAAGAAUUAAUUCUGGAGAAAAAACACGAAUGUAAAGAAUGUGGCAAAUACUUUAGAAGUUCCAUUGCAUGGCCAAAUAUGGGAUAAUUUUUACUGGAGACAAACAUUAUAAAUGUGAAGAAGAUUGCAAAAACUAUCACCAGUCUUCUGGUCUUAAACAAUACUACAGAAUUCAUGUGUCAAAUAAACAAUAAAAAUGUGAAGAAUCUGCCAAGGUCUUCUGAACUUAAUAAGAACUUUUGAAUCACCUCAUAAUUCAUACUAGAGUGAAAUGUCACCUGUGAAAAAAUGUUGCAAACCGUUUAAUAUAUAUUUAUAUUCCUAUAUUUCUCAGCACAAAGUAGUUCAACCUGGAGUGAAGUAGUACAAAUGUUAAAAUGUUAAAAACAAGAAAAAGUUAACACUUCUUGAGACCCUAAAGUUUUAUGCUGAAUAGAAGUCUAUUAUAAGUUUGGGGAAUAUGGUAAAGCCUUUGGAAUCAUUCAUACAAUCAUAUCAAAAGUGGACCUGCCAGACUCUGUGUUGGUCCUUGAAGACUUGGGGCUGAGAGUCCUUGCUGUCUUUUAUUUCUUCUGUUUUAUAAAUUUAAUGUUUGUUCUAUGCCAGUGUGCAGUAAAAAUAGUGACUUGUUUUUCCACUUAGGAGCUCACAGAUUGCCUUGAGUCUCACGUGACACAUGGACUGUGGUCUCUCAUAGUGUUGUAAUUAUUAAAUAUUUUGUGGACCUUUCAAGUUGUAGCCUACCUUACUUAUGAGAUGUGGGUAAGGUUGGGGAAAGGGAAGAGGCAUUAUGAUUUAAAGCUUCGUGGCUGGAGCGAUCAUGAUGAUUUUAGAAACCAGCUUAACUGUCAACAAGACCCACCCACACCCAUGUUAGUAUUCCCAGUACCAACAUGAUAGGAAGAGUUAAUUACCUCUAAAGGUUGUCCUCUCACUUCAAUGCAUAGGCCCACACACAAUUAUACAUAUGUGU